AAACGAUUGUGGUUAACUAAUUUAUUACGAUUGAUGGAAAUCUAUACCUGUAUUCAAUGCAAAAAAAAGGAGGAAAAACUAGUAACUGGAUGGCGAAGAAGGCGGCUCAACAACAGCUGCAGGCGGACAUCCAGACGGAUGAGGACUUGGAGCGCUUCAUGGAACGGCCGGGACUUUUGGUUCUGGAUGUUUACUCCGAGUGGUGCGGUCCUUGUCUAGGAAUGGUGGGCAGCCUGCGCAAAGUCAAACUCGAGAUCGGUGGCGACAACUUGCAUCUGGCAAUUUGCAAAUCGGACACCAUCACAUCCCUCAAACGAUUCAACAAAAGGAGCGAGCCCAUCUGGCUCUUUGUGACCGGCGGCAAGGCUGUGAACCUUAUGUUUGGCUCGGAUGUGCCCAAGUUGGUGGGCCUGCUGACCAGGGAGCUGGAGAAGGUUCUCCAGCGGCAGGCGCGCCAAGUCACCUACCGAAUGGACGAGCUGCAGCCGAUCGAGGUGGAGCAGCAGCGCAUCAAAAUGGAGGCCAUUGAGCGGGCCGAGCGGAUUGAGCGCGAGAUUAAGCACAAGAAGCAGGUGGACUACCUCACCCAGGUGACCGACUCCAUAAUGGAGAACAUGCCGGAUAUCGGAGUGACUGUCUUUGGGCCCCAAGUCAAUCGCGACAUGUUCAAGAAGCUCACGGAGCCCGCGGAACCGCUGAAGAUGCAGUGCAAGGAUCGCCGGGUCAUCCAGGUGAGCAGCGACCAGUUCGAGGUGGUGAACUUCAGCUGCAAGAACCCCAUGCCGCCGGAUGUGAUCGAGCAGCUGGACGGGAAGGAGCUGCUGAUGUGCUUCUGGAAGAUCGACGAGAGCAUCGGAACUGUGCCCAAUGUGCUGAUGGCCUAUGCCAACGAGCUGACCAAGGAACGGGUGGCGCCCCCCAACGAGGACAUACCCGAGGAGCAUGUCAUUCCGCCGAUAAUCGCCACCAUGAAGAUGAAGAUCGAGGUCGAGCUGAAGGAGGGCGAGGUGUGGGUGGAGGAGGUCAGCUCCGAGGAGGAGGCGAGACUGCUCAAUCAGGCGAAGGGCAAGGGCAAGUCCAAGUCGGUUGUCCACGAGGAUGCUGGCCACGUGGCCGAGGAGGAGGCACCCGACCUGGAUGCCGAGGAGGAGGUCAGCGAGGAGGAGUCCCCCGGCGGCGGCGCUGAGCCCGGUGGCGAUGUGAUGGGCGGGUUCCCGUCCAUGCCGGGCUUCGAUAUGGAACUCGAUGCCGGCGAUGAGGUGGCCGAGGACGAGGAGGAGGUCCAGGAGGUCAAGGAGGAGGAACCGCCCAAGCCGCUGACCCGCACCAAGACGGUGAAAAUGCCACCCAUUUGGGUGGCGAACAACCGGCGCACCCACGCCGCCCUCAUUUACGUCUUCUUCCGCGGCCAAACCUCCGGCUUCCUGCCGCCGGAUCCCAAGCCGGAGCCACCCCACGUCAUCAUGGCCUUCGACGCCUCCAAGCGCAAGGAGAUCAUGCACGUGGUUGAUCGCCACAAGGACGAUGUGCCGCUCUAUGGCUACUUCUCCAGCGCCGAACCGGAUGAGGCCGAGUUGAUUGCAAAUUCGACGGACAAAUACGAGGGCAGCCCCAAAUCGGCGAGCGACAAAAUCGUGCUCAAGGUCAACAAAGUACAGUCCAACAUGAUGCUAUCGCUGGUUUCCUACGGACCCAGCUAUGUGAGUCCCAAUGUGACAGUCGGCAAGGACGAGGCCCUCAAGUUCUUCCCGGAGGACUAUAAGCCCCAAGAGGAGGUCGUCGUGGAGCCCGAAAAGAAGAAGAAACGCAGCAAGAAGAGCCAAGAUAUCAGGGAGUCCGUGGAAACGGAGCCUGCGACGGCAGCAGCUCCUCCUGCCGAGGCUCCCCCUGCAGCCGAAGGAGGCGAAGCUGCCACCGCAGAGGGAGAAGCUCCAUUGGCGGCGGUGGAGGGAGAAGCUGGUCCACCAGCCGGCGAUGGCGAGGCGGUGGCCGCCGUGGAACCCACCUUUGAAGGCGGAGCCGCUGAGGCCCCAGCUCCGGAGGCUCCUGCGCCGGAAGCCGCACCCGAGGCGCCCAAGGAGGAGGCUCCGCCCGCCGAGGUAACAGAACCAGAGGCUCCCGAAGUUCCUGCGCCUGCCGCCGCUGAUCCGGCGCCCGAACCACCUGCCGAGUAGAGCUAACCAUACGUUUAAUGCGUUUUUCAGUUACUAAAUUUUCAGCCUUAAUACUUAAUUGUCAAAAUUGUGAAAUGCAAUUUGUUGGAUAUCAUUUAAUAUGGAAAUAUUUGUGGUUCAAAAUUACAUUACCCAAUAAUA